AUGAUUGAACUCAUUCAUAAUAAUGUCCCUGCGGACGGUACUGGUGGUCCCCUUCCUGCGUGGUGGUACAACAUACUUUAUAUCUACACGGCCGCCACUGUUCUUAUUGCUGGGCGUCUGUGCUCUGCAAUAUUGGCAGAGAUUCCAGAUUCUUCAAUCACGCGUUCAUGGGACUGCGCACUCGAGAUACUACGCAAGUAUCAAAGCUAUAGCACUUCUGCUAGGCGAUGUGUAGCAGCACUUGAGAUUCUCUAUGAGCAGGUUGUCUCCGACGGACAGCUCCUGACCGAGACGGUUUCCAGCCAUGGCCUUGCCUCCGGCCGCUCAAAUUCACUGAAUGAGAUCGCUUUCGGGGAAGGAAUAGGUGCAGCAAUACUGGAAGGCUUUGAACUGCACGACUUUCAAAACAUGUCAUGGUUGAACAGCGUACCAAGUAAUCUCUUCUAA